GUCCAACGGACUCAUCAUCACCACCAUCAUUAUCAUCGUCAUCGCGCUCUCCCUCUCCUCUCUCUCUCUAGAAACGAGGUCCAGAGAGAGACAACGAUGAGGAAGCAACAGCACGAAGAUCUUGCAGAAGAGGAAUUUACGACGAUGGAGGUGACUCGAGCUGCCACGUCAGAGACGGCGGCGAGAAAGAGGAAGGCCGGCAGCGCGGACGGAGAAUCAGUCGAAUUGCCGUCGUCGUAUGAUGUGGCUCAGCACAAGAAGAGGCCGAGAAGACCCGUCGUCGUGGUUAGCAGCGCGCCGAAAAUCAAGACGGAGGCAGAGAGCGUACGGACUUCCAACGACGACGUUUGGACGUCGGAUCACGCGGAGAGCUACUGCUGCUCGAGUAACGGCUCGAGCGAGCUGGAGGAUGAGAGUGACCAGGUCGAAUCGUGGACGUAUAAUUCCAGCAGAGACGAAAGCAGGAGAAAGAUGACGGCGCCGACGAGCGAAGUUGGAGCAGAAGCAGAAUCGACGGCGAGGCUUAAAGAGGAGUCUCAACGACGAUCACCGGCGGUAGUGAACGCGUCGGAGCUCGAAGAAUUCUUCGCUGCCGUGGAAAAGGAAAGCCAGCAAAAAUUUAACGAGAAGUACAAUUUUGAUGUUUCUAAGGACGAGCCGCUCGAAGGACGUUACGAGUGGGUUCGAUUAAAGCCAUGAAACACGAGCGAGCGGUCGAAAGGAAUCGAAAAAGAUCGGUAAUUCUCAUGCAUAAUCUGUUGCUAUUAUUAUUAUUUUUAAUUAGGUUCUACUAAUUACGUUCAGUUCUUCGCUAGUUUUAUUGUUUUUCUUCUUUUAAUCAUGUACAGCUAAGCUUAGCACUGUAAGUUAGUUUAGAAGAAGAAGCAGUUUGUUUUGUUUUUUGUGUACGAUCUGAAGUAUAGAAGAGAACAAACGACUGUUGGAAUAACAAAAGCUUCUAGAAUUCUAAUGUCCCUUCA